AUGGAGAUGGAGACCGACGUGUGUCUGCAAGUGAGCAAUAUGUGCAUAGGCGCAUUGAACUUUCUGUAUUCUGGCUUCAGGCCAGCUCUUUCUGGAGGUGCAAUGAACAAGUUCCCCUCAACUGCUCAGCAGACCUCGCAACGACACAUCUGCAGCAAGGUGGUUCGUUUUUUGGGCCGGCUUGUUCAGGAGUUGGGAAACGCUCUUCCCUGGCAAAGAAGCUUCCAGCAGUGCGAAGUCUCGGCGACCCCAAGCUAUGAGGACAUUUGCAGCGACAGGGUGGACUUGCCUGCGCAGGCAGCUUCUUGCGACCCCAGCGGAAUCAUUUCCAAGUGCCUUUCAAGUCAAAUUGCAGAUGCUUCUUGCAUUUUCCCAGCAGGUGUGGUUUCUGCUCACUUAGCUGUUCCGCAGAAUAAGAGAAGCGAGUACCUCAAACUUACCUGCAGAGAGUUGGAAUGUGGCAAGCUGCGUCUGCGUCGGCAAGUGUGCGGAAUGGGCGGAGUGUUCGCUGUCGGAAAGCGAGGCGGCAGACAGCGCAAGAUAUGGGACGGGGCUGGCCUUUCUCAGAUGGCAGCUGCCCCGCCGAAGCCCAGACGGCUCGCCAACCCAUCCUCUUUCCUGGAUGUGCAGUUCGACGUCGGACAACAGGUGUUCUUCUCGAAGCGUGAUGCAUCAACCUUCUUUGACGCCUUGCAGGCCCCUGAAGUGCUGCAGCCCUUUUUUGGGCAGCCCGCAGUGACAGCCCAGGAGCUUCUGGAUCAUGGGAUGACACGCGAUGCCAUCGCCAAAGCCUGUGACGACUCUGUGAGCGCUGACGUGAGUGGCCACCUUUACCCGGUGCACGCAGUUUGGCCCAUGGGUUUUGCUUGGUCGAGCGCGGUGGCGCAAGACACCACGCUCGCGGUCUGCGCUUCUGCGGGCAUUGCAGAGGAAAGCAUCCUCUCGCUCGACCAUGACGUGCCCGUGAAGCAGGAUGAGCUCUGCUUUGUGGCGACUGACGACACCGUUUUACUGCACACCAGCAAAACCAGGGGCCAACGCACGCUUGCUAACCUUGACGCCGCUUUCGCCGAGCAUGGCGUGCCGAGAAACGUGGCAAAGGACGUUUCCCUGGCAAAUGAAAUCACCGCUCUUGGGUGCGAUUUGUCGAGCACUCCCGCCGCCAAGCCUGUCGAGGGGUGCGCAGCUGCAAGUACUCCGGCUUCCGUUUCGCCUUUGCUGCCCUUGCCCAGCUCUUCUACUUCAGCGCGGCAACCCCGGUUGACUGCGGACUUGGGUCGGGGCAGCAAGGUGGACGGAUCGCUUGGGGAACGCACUCCGCGCAUCCCUCCUAGCUGUCCUGGGACGGUAAGAGCCGAGCCUGGUGCGGCCAAGAUAGCCCAAGCCGUGUGCAGAACGCUCGGGCUCUUGCGUGCGAACUUUGCCAGUCCGAAAGCAUUUCAUUCCUUGCUGGGCGUGUGGGAAUGGUUUGCGCUUCUGCAGAGAGGUUUCUUCAGCAUCUACGAUGGGGUGUACUCUUUUGCGCGCAAAGAGCCGGCUACUGAGUUGACCAGGGUGCCGGAAGCAGCUUUGAACGAGAUGCUUGUUACUCUGCUUCUUGCCCCGCUUCUCUCCGUCGACUUGGACAGACAGCCGCUGCAGCAACUCGUGGCGACUGAUGCUGCCCCGCAGUUCGGCUUUGGAGUGUCCGUGGCUUCUUGCAGCAGGCAGGAGGCAGUGGAAAUCUGUGGCUUCGCCGAGAGGCGUGGCGAUUACGUGCGCCUCACCACUAGUCCAGAUGAUCCCGUUGAAGUUCCUCGUUUGGGUGUGCCAAGCAGGCUUUCAGCCACUGAGAAGGACUUCAAGACCGUCAUCAGUUCCAAAGCAAAGUGGCCUGCGCACUCUGGCGUCUUGGAGGCCCAUGCUUACUUGCUCGCGCUGAGAUGGGUCGCACGCCACGCGGCCAAGCACGGCAGCAAAGUACCGCUGCUGGUAGACGCCAAAGUGGUUGUGGGGGCUGUGACCAAAGGACGCAGCUCUGCAAAGGCCUUGCGGCAUGCUUUGCGAUCCGUAGCGGCAGUUUCCAUGGCCGCAAACCUUCUUCCGCGAGCAGUGUAUAUCCCUAGCGAGUCUAACCCUGCUGAUGCACCGUCUCGCGGAAAACGGAACAAGCCAAGAAGCGACCGGUUCUGUAAAAGGACCAGCGUCAAGCGCCGCCUUCUGUCAAACCUGCAGCAACUGGUGUGA